GGAUAAAGAACAGCUCUUUCAGCCAAUAAAGAGACAGCAUCAUCGACUUCUUCCCGGAAGUUGAGUUUCGCCAGCCGUGGGAGAGGCCGUUACCAGAGUAAACGCAGUUCUGAGGUUCUUGAUCUUCCACAAUGGGUGAGCCACAGCAAGUGAGUGCCCUUCCGCCACCUCCGAUGCAAUACAUCAAGGAGUAUACGGAUGAAAAUAUUCAGGAAGGACUAGCUCCCAAGCCUCCACCUCCAAUAAAAGACAGUUAUAUGAUGUUUGGCAACCAGUUCCAGUGUGAUGAUCUUAUCAUCCGCCCUUUAGAAAGUCAGGGCAUCGAACGGCUUCAUCCUAUGCAAUUUGAUCACAAGAAAGAACUGAGAAAACUGAAUAUGUCUAUCCUUAUUAAUUUCUUAGACCUCUUAGAUAUCUUGAUAAGGAGCCCUGGGAGUAUAAAACGAGAAGAGAAACUGGAAGAUCUUAAGCUGCUUUUUGUACAUGUUCAUCAUCUCAUAAAUGAAUACCGACCUCACCAAGCAAGAGAGACCCUCAGGGUCAUGAUGGAGGUGCAGAAACGUCAACGCCUUGAAACAGCUGAGAGGUUUCAAAAGCAUCUGGAAAGAGUCAUUGAGAUGAUUCAAAAUUGCUUGGCUUCUUUGCCUGAUGAUUUGCCUCAUUCAGAAGCAGGGAUAAGAGUAAAAACUGAACCAAUGGAUGCUGAUGAUAGCAACAAUUGUACUGGACAGAAUGAACAAGAAAGAGAAAAUUCAGGUCAUCGGAAAGACCAGAUUAUAGAGAAAGAUGCUGCCUUGUGCGUUCUAAUUGAUGAAAUGAAUGAAAGACCAUAAAGGGUUUUUUUGUUGUUUUUAUUUUUUCCUUUCAGUAAAUAGCAUCAUAUAUUAGUUCAUUUGCUCUUGGAGAGUCUUAAAAGAGAUAUAACUAGGAGUUAGUAACAGCUUCACUCUCCAGCUUUAUCAAUUAUGAGAUGUCACAGGCAGUAAUUUCAUUUUAUGGCAAACAUAGGCAGCGAGUGUGACUGCAUUAAGAGUAAUCAACUUAAAAAGCAAAGUGCUGCUGUUGUGUGGAAUAUUCCUGUUUUUGGAGUUGCACUAAACAUUGAAGAUAAUCCUCAGUAAUAGCAAAUUUCCGUCCUUGGAACGUAGACUUGUUAUUUAAUAGAAGCAGCAGCCCUGUAGGUUGCUUGGUGUUAAAAAAAAAAAGUGAUAAAUAAAGGAUGUCAAGUAGUAUAAAUAUGAAAUUGUGAAAUCUUUAUAUUUUACUUAAAAAUUUGCCUACUCUCUAAAAAAGUAUUGUAACAUGUUAAAAGAGAAGAACCCCAUAGAGUUAUAAAAUAGCAAUUUUUCCUCUCGACUGCUCCUGGAAAUACACUAUGUCGAACAGUCUUGGCCCUAUCCUUUUUUAGUCAAUCAGAUAAUAAGUCCUUUGAUCACUUUUAGUUGCAACCAUUUUAGUAAUUGAAAUGUUUAUGUAAUUAAUUGUACAUUUCCUUUAAAAUUCAGUUCAUACUUGUUUAAAGCUGGAAACCUGAUAUGGGAAGGGAGUUUGGUGGCAGAGACUGUUAGAUGUUCACUGGAGAUUGUAUCUCCCCUGAGAUACGGUGCUGAGAGAAGGUUGCCCUGCCAGGGACUAUAUUUCCUCACUCCCCUUGCAUGUGUGUAAGGCUAUGUGAUUUAAGUUCUUAGCAGUGGAAUAUGAGGGUAAAAAUUCAGGCCUGCCCCAUAAAAAUUUUCUUGCACAAUCCUCCAUUCUGUUCUUAUCUGUUGGGUGGAUGGCCACACCCAGGAUAACUUUGGGUCCUCCAUUCCCUUCUGGUUGGAUGGCCAGCAUAAUUUUACCAUUUUGAAGAUGAUAAAGGUUCAGUUAGUUUGGGCCCUUGAAUGACUGAGGACUAGGCCCUCCUUUCAUUAACCCCUGACCCCAAUCCAGCUGAUUUGACUAUCUGAGCAAGAAGUCACCUGUUUUGAUCACAGAUUUUAUUUCUGUAUUUCUCUUCUCUUCCCGCUAACCUCUCCUCCACCAAAGUCUUGGUGAAGAGUCUGCCUUGUAUCUGAGGUUCUCUGCUGGCCUUUCUCUUAAUGUGGGCCAGUGGUUCUCAAAGUAAUCUCAGACUAGGAACAUUAGCAUUACUGGGGACCCUGUUAGAAAUGCAAGUUCUCUUGCCUCACUCCAGACCUACUAAAUCAAACUCCAGCAGUGGUAUACAACAAGCUGUGAUUUAAUAAGCCCUCGGAUGAUUGUGGUGCAAAUAAUCAAGAUUUAAGAAUCACUAAUAAAAAAAAAAAAAA